AUGUGGCAAUCUAACUUUGCUACAUCCCACAUUCUCAUGCCAACUACCAGUUCAUUGUUUGAAUGUAAAAUAUGUGGAAGUCAGUUUGCAGACCGUAGUAAUGCAAGAAGACAUGCUAAAGCCAAACAUUUGAAUCUUCCUACUCCCUGUACUCUCUGUAGUAAACUAUUGAAGAAUGAACGAAGUCUGAAGAUGCACAUGAAAAACUUGGACUCAAGAUUAAAUAAAAGGAAAAAUGAUGAUGAAGACUGCAGAAAUAAUUCUGAAAAACGGAAAACCACUGGUGAACCUCAGAACAUGGACGGAGAGAAGAACAUGGACAGGGAGGAGAACAUGCAUGACAGGGAGGAGAACAUGCAUGACAGGGAGGAGAACAUAGACAGGGAAGACAACAUGGACAGGGAGGAGAACAUGAACAGGACGGAGAACAUGAACAGGACAGAGAACAUGGACAGGGAGGAGGAAAAUGGGUUAAUCAGGGAGGAAAAGGAGAAGAACAGGAAGAAGAAGGAUAAGACCAGGGUUGAGAAGACUGUAGACAGGGAGGAGAGUAUGGCCUGGGAGGAGAACAAGGACAGGGAUGAGAACAUGGGCAGGGGGAAGAACAUGGACAGGAAGGAAAUUGACAUAAACGGGAAAGAAAAUGUGAUAAUCAGGAAGGAGAAUGAUAAGAACAGGGAGGAGAAGGACAAGAACUGGGAAGAGAAGAGUGUAGACAGGGAGGAGACUGGAUUUAAUGCAAUGAACAAGAGAGAGGAGAGCAUGAAGUGGAAGGUGAAAGGUUCAAACAUAAACAAGGAUGACCUGAGAGAAAAAGAGAAUCAUAAUCUCAAGAAAAGAAUAUUGGAACUAGAGAAACAAAUAACUGAAUCUAAUACAAUAAAUGAAAGAUCUAUUAAAGAGAUCAAUGACUUGGCAUCUAUGGUGGAAAAAUCUGAAAAAGAGAAAAAUGAUAUUCUGGAAGUUCUAGAAAAAGAAGUCACUUGUCCUGUCUGUCUCAUGAUCCCAAGAACUGAGAGAAUAACUAUCUGCAGGAAUGGACAUACCACUUGUGAGACAUGUAAAAGUCGAAAUUGUCCUGUCUGUAGAACAAGGAUGGAAGACGACAUGUUCUCUCCUCUAACCCAGAACAUCACAGAAUUACUUGAAAUAUCCUGCAUAUUCGUGGAUCAGGGUUGCACCAUCAAACUCAAGAAGAGUGAAAUUGUUAACCAUGAGAAGGGAGAGUGCAAAUACAGAGAACUCAAGUGUCCAGGAUGUGAAGAGAAGAUUCAAGCACGUGCACUUUCUGAUCACUUCCGUAAUUGUACUGAACUAUAUUUUGAACUAGAUUUUAGAAUUAAAGAUGCGGAGUUGGAUAAGAGGCGGACUGUCCUAAAUACUCUUUUUAAAAAUUUGAUAGAAUUCUUUGUGCCAGUUGUAUACAAGCUUGAAUCCUCUGAGAACUGGUUUUUUCUCUUUACUGAUAGAUUGGAAGAUAAAGUGGUGUUCUAUAUAAAGCACUAUAGUGGAGAGGAGAGGAAGAAAACAUUCAGCUGCAAUCUCAAGGUCUCCAAUAAAGGAAAAGAGUUUUCUAGGUCUAUGACUGGAGAGUGUACUCCUAUUGAAAUGGAAAUCGAGGAUGCCAGGAGAGAAGGAUAUACACUUGAUAUCAGUGUCGAAGUUAUGAAAAGGAAGUGUUCAUUGCCAAACACAGUAAACAAGUACAAUUGGGACAUUGAAUUUGUUUUAAUUAAAAACUGAAUUUGAAAGUUUAAAAAUGGAGAAAAUGUGGCAAUCUAACUUUGCUACAGCCCACAUUCUCAUGCAAACUACCAGUUUAUUGAAUGUUUCUUGCUAUUUUACAACAUUAUUACUUAUUAGCUUGCGCAAACAGAGAAAAUUAUAUAAUCUGUAAAUUCUUAGUAAACUCCUGCAUUGAUCAUUGUUAUUUCUUGAUUAAUGCUUUGUCAAUUAUUCAUUAACUUCUUUUUUGAGAGUAAAGAAUUAUUUUUUGACGAGAAGGAGAAAGAGAGAGCACAUGAUCUCAAGAAUCUGCUGUGAUCUCAAGCUCUCAACCCAUAAAUGAAAAAAUGUUAAAAGUUUUUUAAAAAUAUUUGCAAUUGAUAUUUUGUGAAAGAU